CAUCAUCAUUUUGAAAUAUAUCAACUAUGGAUGGGAGUGAAGAGAACUCAUCGCCUGCUCAGCAUUAUCAUGUUGUCUUACUGGGAAAAACAGGAGGCGGGAAAAGUGCUACAGCAAACACCAUCUUGGGAAGAAAAGCUUUCGUUUCAAAGCUAAGUUUCAAAACUGUAACAAAAGAGGUUCAAAGUGAAAGCGUUACCAAAGAUGGGCUGAAUAUCACUGUUUAUGACACACCAGGAUUCUUUGACCCUGAAAAUAAACUGAGCCCUGAAGAGAUGUAUCAAGGGCUUCCAGAAUUAGAUAGAGCUAGACCGGACCCUCUGGUGAUUCUGCUGGUCAUCAGACCCGGCAGAUUCACUGAAGAAGAGAAGUGCACUGUUGAGAUGAUUGAGGAUUAUUUACCGGACUGGCUCAUAAAGAGCACCUGGAUCAUUUUCACCAGGGGAGAUGAUCUGGAGAGAGGAGGUUGUACCAUAGAGGAUUUAAUAGGAGAGUCAGAGGAUCUGAAAAAACUUGUCCAGAAGUUUGAUAACAGAUAUUUUGUCUUUAAUAACGUCACAGAAGAUCCUGCCGUAGUGAACACGUUGAUUGGAGCCAUUAGAAAUGUUCAACCUCAGAGAUCUUCAGUGAUUGACACUGUCCUGGAGAGACAGUCACCAGCGGAGCAUGAAACCAGCACUAAUGAGAGAAGAUUACUUCUUCUGGGGAAGACGGGCUCUGGAAAGAGUGCAACAGGGAACACCAUACUGAGAAAACAUCUGUUUAAAUCUGAGCACUGCUUUAGCUCUGUAACACAACAGUGUGAGGUUAACAGAUCAGUAGUUUCAGGGAGAGAAGUGUCUGCUGUUGAUACUCCUGGAUUUUCAGAUCUAACUUCAAACCCUGAAGAUUUAGCACAAGAAAUGGCGAAUAGUGUUGCCCUCUGCAGUCCAGGUCCACAUGCAUUCUUGUAUGUGGUGUCACUUACAGGGAGAAUGAAACAUGAAGAUGAAAAUGACAUUAAAAAUAUUGAAAUAAUUUAUGGAAAAGAAGUAGCAAAGUACACAAUCCCUGUAUUCACCCACAGUGAUCUGUUAGAGGAAAAGAGUGUGGAAGAUCUCAUCAGAGAGAAUGAAACUCUUAGCCAGUUUGUUCAACAGUGUGGAGGAAGAUUUCACAUCAUGAACAAUAAAGACACGGAAAAAAUAAAGCAGGUGAAUGAUCUACUGAAGAAGAUUGACACAAUGAUAGAGCAGAAUGGAGGACACUACAGUAACCAGAUGUUUAAAGAUGCUGAGAGAUUCAGAAGAGAGGAAGAAGAGAGGGGACCGAGAGAGGAAGAGAGACCCAAAGAGAAUGAUGGAGAUGAUAAACCUGAGGAGAAAACAAAGGAAAGCUGGAAUAAGAAAGCAUCGAAGAGAGCUAAAGAAUUUGUCUAUAUGAAAUUCCGGAGUAUUUUUAAUGCUGCAGCGGAAAGGCCCCUGGUGUAA